AAAAUUGUUUUCUUAAUUCCUUCCUCUAAUAAUGCAUGUUAUUUAAAAUAUAAUUAAUGUACUUUCCAUGACACAUAAUAUAAUAUUGUCACCAUGCUUUUCUCAUUUCACCUCCUUAAUUAAUCUCUUCUAAAUUAUUCAUUAUCUAUGGUAAAUUGGUAAUGUUUUGAAUUUGAUUGUAAAUCAUCUCUUUGGGGAUCAGAGAGAUAAACGAGGGAAAAUAUGGAUGGGUCGACAAGCAUGGGUUUCAUGGCAGUUUUUGCUGUUUCAGGAAGUGUAGCGCUCCUUGCACUCCAACUUCACAAACGCCUUGUGGAAGAUUUUAUGAGGAGGAUUGACUUUGAAGUUGGAUGCGGAAAGUGUCAAUGCAAGAGAAGAAUUCGGUUGACAAGUAAUGUAAAAGAAUCGUCAAGAAUUGAAGAUGAUAAAGAAUCAUAUGAAACGAAAGUGGCGAAACCAUGUUGUGAAAGAAGCUAUAAUGGGGUUGAAGGUACAAUGCCUCUUAACAGGUUGGCUUUAUAUAAAGGUAUAAUUAAAAGUAGGAUGUCAUGCCCUAAGACAGAAUACGGACUCUCGAGAGGAAGGAAUGCACCUUAUGAUAAUACGUACUUGUAGUCACUUAAUAUAAAUUUUGAUAAUGUGAUAUUUGAGGAUUGGGAUUGUGUAUAUUUUCUUUUAUUUUGAAUAUAUACAUACUAGUAGUUGCCUUUUUGUUUUA